AUACAAAAAUACUUGAUGUAGCAUUGUACAUUAUGCAUCUUCCUCUCAGGGAAAUCAACAUCGAUUGAAUCUCGGCUAACGAUUUUUAUGAUCAUGGCUACAAAAAAGGAAUCCUACCAUAUUGAAUAAAAACACUAACUAAUCAGCUUUAACAAUUACGUUCCAAUUGAUCUUUUUUUUUUUAAUUGUCAGUUUAAGUCGACACCAUGAAACCAGAGGCAAACCGCCAAGCAAUGUAUUUGAAUCACCAGAUUUCUUUGUUUUAUUGUUUCUUAAUCGUGCUGAUUGGAAUGGAGAUCUGUCAUACCCAACAGGAUCCUAAUCCGAUCAAACUUGAGAAUGGAGCAUAUGGAACCAUUCUCAUUGCUAUACACAAAGAUAUCGAGGAAGAUCCAAGAAUCAUUGAAAAUAUUAAGGAAAUAUUUCGGGAAGGGUCUUCCGUCUUAUUCUCCGCCACCAAUCGAAAGUUUUAUUUUGGAACGAUCAAGAUUCUAGUCCCCCAUAACUGGACCAGACAACCAGAAUAUGAAGUUGCACAGCUGGAGGCCUAUGAGAAUGCUAACGUUAUUGUUACAGAUCAACAGUCUAACCAUCGUCCUCACGUUCAGAACCCAUUCUAUUGUGGCCAAGAAGGACUAUUUAUCCAACUGUCCAAGACAUUCCUGAUCGACCCUGUACUACGUCAAAAUCAAUUUGGAGAUUCUGGCAAGGUGAUUGUUCGUCAGUUUGCCAAACUCCGCUGGGGUGUUUUCGAUGAAGAUUACGUACCUGGAACCGGCGCUGAUCCCUACUACCCAUCAAACGCUAUAACAGCAUACAAAGGCUUUGAAGGAACUAGAUGCUCCGAAAAGGUUAAAGGAAAAUUUGUUAAUGAUAAUGGACACCUAUGUGGACUUGAUCCCAGCACGGAUUUACUCGAACCUUCUUGCAAAUUCGUGCCAGAUACCGUAGGGCAAGACGCCAAGGCAUCGUUAAUGUUCGCAUCUAAUAUUGACUCGAUUGACACGUUCUGCGACAUAAAAGCAGAUGAUGAGGGGAGGAGGCACAAUAAAAUGGCUCCUAAUCUACAGAAUUGGAACUGCGACGGACAGAGCGUUUGGGAAGUAAUUAGGAAAUCGGAUGAUUGGAAAGAGUAUGGAAACCGUCCUCCAUUGCCAGAGGAUACAGAGACUUCACCAAACUUUAUUGUGGUUCAACCAGGAGGAAUUCUUAGGGUUGUACUUGUCUUGGAUACCAGUGGGUCUAUGGAUGGAGAGCGUUUUGAGAAGAUGAUCAAAGGGGCUAAAAACUUCAUCAACAGUAUAGUACCUGACAAUAGUUACGUGGGCAUUGUCGAGUUCAAUUUCAAAUCCGAAGUGGAUUCGAACAUGACUAAACUCACCAAUGCUACAUCGAGGGAUGAAAUGAACUCUAGACUCCCAACUUUUGCUAAUGGCGCUACGUGUAUUGGAUGUGGUAUUCUAGGUGGCAUUGAGGUUGCCCAAUACAAUGGAAUGGAUUCCCGGGGCACCUAUCUCAUACUCCUCAGCGACGGAGAGGAAAAUGAGGAACCCCUCAUAGCUGAUACCCUGGAUGACAUCAAGAAUUCAAGUGUUAUUAUACACACAAUCGCCUUCUUUGAAGCCGAUACUCAGAUGGAGGAACUGGCCCAGAUGACAGGCGGUUCAUCGUAUACCUGUCCUGAUGGUGGAAGCGCACAGUGCGUCAUCUCUGCUUUUGUGUCAAUAAUAGCCACAAGGCCUCAAAGUAUUCCUGAAGCACCAAGACAGGUUGAGAGUAAAACAGUCAAAGUAGAUCCCGGUUCGAUUGAGACCACCACGAUCAUGAUCGAUGCUUCUCUAGGAUUGGAUACUAUCAUGACAUUCACAUGGUCGGCUAACUCCAUCAUAACCAUUUCAGUGACAGGGCCAGACGGAACCAGUAUAGAAAGCACCGAUCCAGAAUAUAAUAUCGAUAUAAGUUCGAAAAUCAUCACCAUCUCCAUUGAUGUGGCAGAGCCUGGUGAAUGGAUCAUUUUAAUCGUUAACAUCCAUACUCUCGUUGAAGAAGUGAGUGUGGAUGUGAAUUCCAAACAACGCUCUAAGGAUGUCUAUCCUCCUGUUGUUAGCAGCUUCUUAGGAGCAAAGAUAGUAAACUACACGUCAUUCCCUUUGGUAGAAGUCUAUGCCUAUGUUCAUACCAACUACCAACCCGUGAUCGAUGCGACGGUGAUUGCCACAGUGGAGAGCACGUUAACGGGCAAUGAGACAGUCAUCAAACUCCAAGACAAUGGAAUGGGAGCUGAUUUGAUCACUGGUGACGGCAUUUACUCGGCUUAUUUCCUGGACUUCUCUUCGAAUGGACGAUAUGGCGUCAAAGUAGAUGUAAACGGAAUAACAACCUCUUCAUCAAACAAUACUUUAUUGCGAUCCAAGAGAGCCGCGGGGACACCAACCACUCCACGACCCCCUCAAGGGUUCCAACUUACCACUACGGCUGGUGUCUUCCAAGUCGAGAACUACUCCCCGGAUCUGAAUAUUGACAUCUUGGCACCAGCUAAGAUCACUGACUUUACGAGCGUUGAGAGAACUUACGAUGAGAAUAGAAAUGUAACAUUGACAUGGAUGGCUGUAGGGGAUGAUUUGGACCAAGGAACAGCUGCCUCGUACGAACUCCGUUUCUCCGAUAACUUUACCGAAAUCCGAACCAAUUUCACCUCUGCUCCUGCCAUUACCGAUACAGAUCUCAUAGUCGGUAACCUCUCUCAAGUCGCUUCUUCAGGAAAUCUUGAAUCAAUCUCUUUUCUUCUGCCGGGUGAGGACUCGGACGCUAUCUUUUAUUUCAUGAUACGAGCCUGGGAUGAGGCUGGCAACGCGGGUCCUUUAUCGAAUAUAAUGUCUGUCUCAAGGCGGCGUCUACCUCCGACCACCUUACCGACUACCGACCUUACAUCAGAAGCAGCAUCUAAUGCACCUUCAUCCACUGGAAUCUUGACAUCAAAACUGAUAUCCACGCAGUCACCUGGAAACCCAGAAGAACCGUUUCCUUUAUGGGCUAUUAUUACAUUUUCCCUCUUGGGAAUCAUUCUUUUAAUCACCAUUCCCAUUAUCAUCCGCGUGGUAUGUUGUAGGCCGAAAUCAAUGAGGGUAACUGGGCCUCAUAAUGAUCACAUGAAUCCUAUGUACGAUGGACCGUAAAACACGAGUACAAUGUAGCAAGAAGUCAAAGGGGGAUAAUUUCAUGAAGGCUGCACUCUAGCAAUUUUACAUCACCCGAUGGUUUCCCAAGUAUAAUCAAUUGAAAUCAGUUGAAGUUUUAACUGGAAUAGAACUGAAUUAUUUUUCAAGGUUAAAUCCGAUUUGA